AUGAAUAAAGAAAACUUUUCAAAAUGUACUCCUAUCAAAAAAGGAAAGAGACACCGAAUGGCUGAUAAAGAUUAUGUAUGUUUAUGUUGUGGGACUAUACUAGUUGGUAUACGGUGCACAUAUAAUUUAACAACGUGCGACGGGGUUCUAGAGAAACUGGAAAAGUCGUUGGAAUGUCAGAUAAACAUUGACGAAAAUUCGUCUUGGUUGUGCAAGUCCUGUUUUCGCAAAAUUGACUCCCUAACUAAGCGAUCUUUAGUUCUUGAAGCAGACAUAAAAGAAUUGCGAACUAAAUGCAACUUGUAUGCUUUGCCUUUGUCUUCGCAAACGCCGGAAUGUACAUCACCAAAAGUGCAAGUUUAUACACAAGUCAUCAAAAGAUGUGCUAAGUCAAGUCCUCAUCGUGCGAAAAAGCGAGCUAGAGGACCGUUGUUCGAAUCUCCAGCUGAAAAUGAUUUUAAUUCUAAUUUCACGCCACUAUAUGUAAAUGAAGAUGUAAAUGACCGUUCGUGCGACCAAAUAGUGUCGACUGAAAAUGAAGUAAAUACACGUUCUGUCGAGGUAAGAUAUUGUUUUUGUCUCGGUAUAAUCCUUUAAAGCUUUGCAUAUAAAAGUGGAAAUAAACUGAUUGUUAUUUAUAUGUGUAAUUGAUACAUGCAGUGAUGCAGAAGAAUAUACAGUCACUGUAUUAAAUGGAUGAUUCCAGCUAUUGACUAAUUUUUUGUCUGGACAAGAAAGACGAAAUCUAUCAUUAUAGCUCAAAAGAGCAUCCUAAAAUUAGUAAAAUUGCAAAGUUUGGUUGUGAACUGUUGUAAAAUACGAAAAAUAUAGCUCUGUGUCUGUGAAAUUAGCAUCAAAUUGGUGCAUUUUUCUGUGAGUAAUACUAAAAUACUCAACAUUUGCUAAUUUCACAUGGUUAUAUAACUUAUAUGUUUUGUAUUCUACAUUUUGCAACCAAAUUUGGCAAUUUUACUAAUUUAAAGAUGUUCUUUCAAGCUAUAAAUAUAAGUGAUAGAUUUUAUCCUUCUUGUAUGGAUCAAAACGUAGUCUAUACGACUAUACCUGGAAUCAUCAUUGUAAACACUGCAUGUUUAUUUUUAAAUUGCUAAAUUUAAACUAUAAUUAUAAAUUGAAAAUUGCUAUUCAAAACAAUUUAGCUGUGCAUGUUUAUAAUUGCCAAGUGAUACUAUUACGCUUUUUUAAUAGUCAAAUAAAGUGCACAACUUCGACCGAAAACUUAAAUUAGAUGGUUUCGAUGUCUUGGCCUUGGGCCGUGGUUAAUAAUAUAAUGAAGACAAAAACUAAGAUACAAAACACAUAAGCCUUGGCUCGCUAAGAUAAUGCGUAAUGAAUAAUGUCAAUUUCAAUCAACAUUUUUGGUGUUCAUUAACGAAUACCUUCUGACGAAUACCUAUCCGAAUCGCCAUGCAUUUGUUGUUAAAUUCUUCAAUUAAAUUGUAUUAUAUUUAUAUAUUAUAGGUCAGCAUUAAAUAUCCUUCAGGCAAUAGAACAAUCAAUUUGGAUGAUGAUAACAUUGCAUCUGUUGUCAUAAAUUUGGCCCUUGGAAUUUAUCCAACAGCAUUUAAACUUGCUCUACAAAAUCAAGAAAGGAGAAAGAUUGUAGAAGACCUGUUCUUGAAAAUCAUGGACAAUGAGUGUCAUGAAAUGUGUAAGAAAAGUUCUCAUAGUGUCCUUAAAGAUACUGGAGUUGAUGGGCUUACAAGUUUUCAGCUAAAUAAAUUCGAAGAAGAGUUUAAGUGCAAGGCACCAUUGACUACAAAGACACUUACAUCAGUCUGUCACUCAAAGAGGUCUAGAAAAGCAACCUGCAAUUCCAAUGUUAUAUCAACUGUUGGGGCAAUUAUCCUCUACUCAAGAUGCCCUCAGAUGUCUGCUUUGGCUUAUAGACUUGGGUUUGUAAUGCGACAUGCUGGUGCAGGAACAAUGGUAUGUAUUCAAACAUGUUAGUAGAGUUUUAAAAUUAUUAACCCUCUCAUUAAGGAAUUGUCUCAAUAUUCUCCUUUCGCCAGAUCAUCUGGCAUUAAAGUAAAAAUAUUAUGUUUUUGCACAAUAUCUGCAUGCAUGAAUUAAAAGGUAAUAUACUGUAGUUGGAAUAUAUACUAUACUGUAGCUCUAAUGCCCAGCUGUAGUACAGUAGCUUACUUUGCUAUUCUACCCCAACGUGUCAACUGAAGACCUUGCACCUUAAUUAAUUAAUCGACCAAUUUCUCUUGUUAACCCUAUAUGGUGCAGUACACCCUUGUGCAAACUACUUUAUUCUGACUAUAACAACAGACAAGUUCACUUACUGUAUCAAAAGGAUACCCAUGUGCCUUAAUGGAUAAUUACCCCAUUGAUUGGCAGCACUCUCCCUCUGACGAGUAAAAUUGUCUGGCAUUAGGCAGAGUGAAAUAAUCUGGCAUUACUUUAGACAGAGUAAAAUAAUAAUGUAGGGUGCAUUGCCACUUAAAGGGUUACUAACAGUACUCAGGCUGUUUCAUGAUGAAGGCAAAUGGAUCGUGGCAGUUAAUGGAUCAGUUGCUCCCAUCGCAUAAUUGCCAAUAAUAAAAUAUGAGUGCUGUCUCAAGCCAGAGUGGGUUGAACACCAAAAUAAGUUAUUUCUGGUUAUUGUAGGGACUAGAAGCACUCCACAAACAUGGUCUAACAGUAUGUCAGAAGACGCUGUCAUUGAAAACAAAAGAGCUUGGUAAAAGAUGUGACAAUGCAAUUUGUCUGUGGAAAGGAGAGUCUGUAAUGUGGUUACAGAAAGAAAAAUGUUUAAAUCUACUGGAGAGUAGGUUGAAAGAACUAAGUUACCAUCCCAACAUGCCAAAUGUAUCAGACAUACAACAGUAUCUUGGCAAGGAAGACCAUGAAAGAUUGGUAGCAACUGUGAAUCCAUCUAUGAGUAGUUCAACUGAAAGCAUCAAUGAUGAAUUUCAAACCCUUGAUGUUGGAAAACUGAACUUGUGUUAUAGUAACACUAGCUCAACCAAACUAUUACACAAUAUCUGUUCAGAACUAAAAUGCAAAGACAUUGAUGACACUUGUGUUUCUGAAUGUUUCAAAGACAUAACAAAACAGUCACCUGACAGUCCUGAUCUGCUUGAAGCAGUGCGUGCAUGCAGUAAGGAAUUGAAUUCCCAUUUGUCGUAUCAGAUUGUUGGAGAUAAUGUUGACUUGGAAGUGAAAGUUCGCCACAUGUCUGAUGAUAACAAGAAUAAAUCUUUGCACUAUUUCAAUUUGGUUGCCUUUAAAGAUCAAGUGAGUGGAGAUGUACUUCCUGAUAUACAUGAAAAGACCCUAGAAAGUAUUCCAAUAUCUUCAUUUCUUCCAUCGCAUAAAGAUCUGGACAGCCUUAAGAGGGAUUUUGUAGUCCUAUGGUCUCGUGUUGUUGUUAAACACAUUGAGUAUUUUUAUUGUUUCAAGAAAUGUGUGAUCUACCACAUCCCACACCAGUACAGUGAUGUGAUGGUUAAUCCUGUAAAAGAGGUAAUUGAUAACAUAGAGUGUCUUGAAAAAAUGCAAUAGCUGUGUAUGUUUAUACAGCUAUAUGUUAGUGGGCAUAGAGAAUGAAAUGUAAGAGAUGAAUUUUGACCCUUAUAUAAGAUUAUUGGUAUACCAGACCAAUUAAAUUGUUAUAUUCAUUUGGCUCUAAAAUACAUUUAGUACUGCAUGGGUCAAUGGACAUUAUGUACUGUGUCGAUCAGUUGUAUUACAUAUUCAUAGUGUAAUUAUACCCUUCCUUUAAGCAGCCAUAACAUUGUUUACUUUACUUGUACCAUUAGCUGCACUGAUGAGGCGUAUAACACCGAAACACACACACACACAUAUAUAUAUAUUUCAUAUAAUUUCCAGACCGCGCAAGAAGGAAAUUUUGUCCGCUUCCGCUGGGUUUCAAACCUGCAUGACAAAUUAUAUCAAAGCUCUAACAACUGAGCUACAUGUUGAGGAUGGAUCAAAGGAUAGAAAUUCUGAACAGUUUUUCCCCUGAAAAAGACAUGUCUCUAAUGUACUAUGUUAAAAUGUAUAAAUCAAUUAUUGUAGAUUCCACUGGGAGUUCUUCCAAAAAAUGAAAGUAAGAAUGAGGAUAUGGUUGAUAUCCUGGAAACAAUACAGGAGAAAUAUGUCCCUUUUAUAACAGUACAAAAUGAGAAUGGGGAAAAUGUGACAUCAGCAGAUACUAUCUUCUUUGGUGGAGAUCAAUUGACAGAGGAGCGUGCACGGAAUAUACAAAGAGCCAGAGCAGAUGGUCAAAAUCAGAAAGAGAGGCUUGAAGUAGUUUACCCGAAGAAUGAGGACUGGCAUGCCAUUAGAACUGCUUAUAAGGUCUGAAUUUUUUAUUUUAUUAACAAAUCAUGUAUUUAUAUUAUAUUAUAUUAUAGUCUUAUUAACUUCCCAUUGAAGUGAAGUGCUUGAAAUGUCAAAGUUUUACUUGUAUUUUUCAGGCAGUUGAAUCCAUAUCCAUCUGCAUUUCCCUAUUAUUAAUUAAAUUACUUAUACAGUAAUAAACUUCAAAAACGUAUUAAUAAUUCAUAAGGAAGACACAAAGGAAAUCAAUACUGUGGCAAUGUUUUUAUAUAUUUAACCCUUUAAUUAAGUGUCAAUGCCCCCUGGUGCAACCUACUUUAGUAUUUUACUCUGUCUAAUGCCAGAUGAUUUUACUCGUCAAGUGGAUAGUGCUGCCACUCAGUGGGUUAUACAAAUAACACCAAUGAACUAAAUGUUUGUUUUGAGGCUAUUUAAAACACUCACAAACUUGUUUUAAUUAUCACCUCUAAAACACUUUGGUUUUCUUGGUGAAAUUAGACCCUUAAUUUCUAAAUACAGUAUAUAUUUAUAUAUAGAACUUUUUGCUUCAAUUUUCUCAGUUAAUUAAAAGAACUACAUCGUAUCAUGAAAAUUGUUUGUAUGUUCAUUGUUGGUAAUUUAGAUGCAUUCAUUAUUGUGCAUUAAUUAAUGACCCAUGUGGAUAUGAUCAAACGUGCUUUACAUCAAGUCUUAUAUACGCUAAUACAUAAUUACAUGCUUUUAAAGCCUAGAUAAUUUUAUAUUUACGACAAUUGUGAUAUUACUUUCUUAAAGGUGCCCUACAGUCCGUAUGUCAACAAAGCCUUUGUUUACAUUUUUGUGUCCAAAAUAUUGAGCUUUAUUCGACAACUAUUUAUAUUUUCAAGCUUCUAGAGUAUAAUAAAUGAUCAAGAAACAAUAAUCAGGCUUUUCAAGAACCCAAAACAUAGUUAAACUGUUUGUAUUAUAAAAAGUGGGCUCCGUUGUGCACAUGCGCAGAUCGGACUGUAGAUCACCUUUAACUGUGUUUAUGCAUGCUACCGGCACCCUGUCAACUUUCCCUGUGGGAGGAAACUGGAACACCCGGAGAAAACCCACGACUUUUGGCAUAGCAUGGACUGACUGUUUUAACUGUAUGAGUUGGUAGCGAGAAUCAAACCCACGUUCUCAGAGGUGAUAGGCACUAGCCCGCGUGCAGGCCCAAGGGAAGAAUAUAUGAUGACUGCGCCACCAAAGUCAACAGUACAUAUAUUAAGUAACAUAACUAUACAAAACAACUUGUCCAUAUACAAAACAUUAUUAACCAAUUAUUUUGAUAAAUCAUUUUUAGGCAGUAGUCUCUAUACUGAGGAAGGAAAAUUCUCUACCAGACUGGGGCACAUAUACAUCAAAUGCCAUCCUGACUGGGAAUUAUAAUGCAACUAAGGAAGUAGAAUCAGAGCACUAUGAGCAGAUACGCGAGUUUAUGGCUUCUGAAACAGACGCUUUCCUUGUAUCUGCAACACUUCAUCAUUUUGGCAUGGCUAAUAUGAAAGAUACUCCAAAGAAAAAUCUGAUGCCUUCUGGUAUGCAAAAGGCAAAUAAUGUGGAGAAGAGAAUGUGGCUUCACAAUCAAAUAUCUGAAAUAUUUGACACCUAUGUUUCAGGCACCCUAUCCGGCGUAACCAAGGCAAAAAAAUCUGUUGAAGCUUUGUCGGUCCAAGAUACCCAUCCAUGUAGAGCUUCAGGAUGUUCCAGGACUUUCAAGUACUCCAAAUGCAGGGUAAAUCAUGAAAAUGAAAAACAUGGUUUACACAUUAUGGAUGAUAUCUCUGGCCAGGAUUCUGAAAGUAAGGAAACCACUGACGACCAUAUCUUCAAUUAUGGUUGCAUACACAUAUCUCUUGGUCUAAUGUUACGAAAUGCAGAAGAUUCUGUAAAGGAAGGUGACGGUGAGCGUCUCUUGCGAGCAUGGAAAUUUUUUACAUACAUAUUCCGUUUGAAAGGACACAACAAAUAUGCCCUUGCAGGACUUAGAUUGAUAGCAUCAGUUGAGGGUCUUCUAACCCCCCGUCAGGCUCACAGGCUAACAUGGAACAGAUUUGCAGGGACAAAAAAAGGGAAAGGCAAGAGAAUUUCAAGGGAUCUUCGAGUAGAACAGCUAAACAAAAUUUCAAAAGAGGAAAUAAGAGCCUUAGGUUUCCCAAACAUCAAUGAUGAAAGUGUCCAGAAUGCCACAAGAGCUACAGCUGCCAUUGAGGAAAUGGUCACAAAUUCCAAGGCUGACCUUGAAAUUGAAGCAAGAUCUGGGCAUCACUGCAAUAAAGAAGCCUUGAAAGCAUUUAGCGUUAUUUUUGAUCAAGUACAUAACAAGGCUAAAGUUUUCAGCUUUGAGCCAGACAGGCACUAUCAUGCAUUUCCAGAUUUAUCACGUGAAAUAUAUCACGACCUAUCACCACAACAGCUGUACAAGUGGAUUCAAAUGCACAGAAACCGUUGGCAUAAACAACAUCGGCAUCUGUACAGUAACUAA